GCCCCGCAGAGCGCCGGGUUAUGGUGGCGCCGGGCUGAGCGCCGGGACGCGCCGAGGCGGCAGCGGGGGCCGAGCCCGGAGCCAUGGAGGGGCCCGGCCAGGAGGCCUACGAGGAGGGGAUGAGGAGGACCCUGGACCCCGAAGGCUACGAGGACCCCGGCCUGAAGAGCUCUCACCUGUCACUGGGCGAGAUGAGCACUGUGUCAGUGACCGAUGUGGAACUGGAGGCAACGGGGAGCAGGAGGCUCCUGUCCCAGCAGGACACCCAUGAGGGAUACGUGGAGCUGCACGAGCUGGUGCUGGACAAUGCAAAGGACUUGUGCUGGAUGGAGGCUGGCCACUGGCUCAAGCUGGAGGAGGACUUCCAGGAAUCGGGGGACUGGAGCCAGCCCCAUCUCUCCUUCCUGACCUACCACAGCCUGCUGGAGAUCCGCCGGGCUCUGAACAAAGGCGCCAUUCUCCUCGGCGUGGAGGCCACCUCGCUCCCGGCCAUCGUCCACAUCCUCCUGGACCAGCUCAUCUACGAGGGGCAGCUGAAGCCGCAGGACCGGGACGAUGUCAUGAGGACGCUGCUCCUGCGCCACGGCCACCCCACCGAGGAUGAGUCCGUGUGGACGAUGCCGCCGGCGCUGGUGCAGCGCUCGGGCAGCAGCAGGACGGACGUGGAGCGGCCACUGCUGCGGGAGCAGCGGCCCAUGGAGAUGAGCAGGAUGGCAGGGAAGGAGCAGAGCGGGGUGCCCAAACCCCAACUCCUGGAGACAAUCCCCGAGGGCGCCGAGGCCACCCUGGUCCUUGUGGGCUGUGCAGCCUUCCUGGAGCAGCCCGUGCUGGCCUUUGUGCGCCUGAAGGAGGCGGUGACAAUGGACGGUGUCCUCGACGUGUCCAUCCCCGUGCGCUUCCUGGUCGUGGUCCUGGGGCCCGACUCCCCCCAGAUCAGCUACCACGAGAUCGGCCGCGCCAUCGCCACCAUGAUGUCCGAGAGGGUGUUCCGCCGGGACGCGUACCUGGCGGAGGCGCGGCAGGACCUGCUGCGGGGCGUGGAGGAUUUCCUGGACGCCAGCAUCGUCCUGCCGCCCGCCGAGGCCCCCAGCGAGCCGCUGCUCCGCGCCCUGGUGCCGCUGCAGCAGGAGCUGCUCCGCCGGCGCUACCAACCCCUCGAGAGGCUGCACAUCGGGGACUUCCUGAAAGAUCUGGGUACGCCGGGGGGCCCCCCGCGACCCCCCGUCCCCGCGAUUUUCAAGGACCAGAUUUUCAAGGACCACCCGCUGCAGCGGCGCUACGACGUGCAGGACGAGUACCAGCGUGGGGUGCCAGAGCCCAACACGGCGCUGCUGUCCCUCGUCCUCAUGGCCGGCACCUUCUUCCUGGCCUUCUUCCUGCGCAAGUUCAAGAACAGCUCCUUCCUGCCUGGCAAGGUCCGGCGCUUGAUCGGGGAUUUUGGGGUGCCCAUUUCCAUCUUCAUCAUGGCGCUGGCCGACUUCUUCAUCAGCGACACGUACACCCAGAAACUCAGCGUCCCCAAGGGGCUGCAGGUCACCAACGCGACUGCCCGGAGCUGGUUCAUCCAGCCCAUGGGGGAGAAGAAACCCUUCCCCAUCUGGAUGAUGUUUGCCUCCGUCAUUCCCGCCCUCCUCGUCUUCAUCCUCAUCUUCCUCGAGACACAGAUCACCACCCUCAUCGUCAGCAAGCCCGAGAGGAAACUGGUGAAGGGCACCGGCUUCCACCUGGACCUGCUGCUGAUCGUGGCCAUGGGGGGGCUGGCGGCCCUUUUUGGGAUGCCCUGGCUCAGCGCCACCACCGUCCGCACCAUCACCCACGCCAACGCCCUCACCAUCAUGAGCAAGACCUCAGCUCAGGGCGAGAAAUCCCAGAUCCUGGAGGUCAAGGAGCAGCGCAUCAGCGGCCUCUUGGUGGCCGUGCUCAUUGGCGUCUCCAUCCUGAUGGAGCCCAUCCUGAAGUACAUCCCGCUGGCCGUGCUCUUCGGCAUCUUCCUCUACAUGGGCGUCACCUCCCUCUUCGGCAUCCAGCUCUUCGACCGCAUCCUGCUCCUGCUGAAGCCCCCCAAGUACCACCCCGACGAGCCCUACGUCACUCGGGUGAAGACUUGGAGGAUGCACCUGUUCACCUUCACCCAGAUCGUCUUCCUGGUGGUGCUGUGGGUGGUGAAGUCCACCCCGGCCUCGCUGGCGCUGCCCUUCGUCCUCAUCCUCACCGUGCCGCUGCGGCGCUUCCUGCUCCCCAGGAUCUUCCGGGACAUCGAGCUCAAAUGUCUGGAUGCAGAUGACGCUGUUGUGACCUUUGAUGAGGCCGAGGGGACAGAUGUGUACAACGAGGUGCAGAUGCCCAGUUAAGGGGUGGCCCUGGCCCCCCAGUGCCCCCCCAGCCCUGCUUCCAUCUCCACUGCUGCCAUCCUGGGGCCACCGGGCAAACAAGAACUGGGGACACCGUCCCCACCUGCCCAC